UAAAAAAUAGCCAAUUAAUUCAUCUCCUCUCUUAAAAAAUUGUAAUGAAAAUAAAUUAUUAAAAGAAGCCUGAGCUCAGCUCUGCUGCUGACUACACAAAACAAACAUGCGAAGAAUGAAUGAGCAAACAGAAUAGUAGACUAGAUUGAGAUUCUCAAAGUCUGACUCUUCACUUCACUCAUCCCCGAAAAAGGCACGAAUUUUUAUAGUAAAAGAGGCAACGUGUUGAUGAUGGGUUCGGUGGGGGAAAAGAGAAUCGAGGACGACCUUUCCUAUCCGAUAUUGCUUGCAGAACGAGUUCGCUCCGCCGCGGACGAGGCCGAGUCCUUUAAAGCCGACUGCUGGGAGGUUGGGAAGCAAGUGGAUCGGCUUUCCCAAAUGCUUCGAACCCUUGUCCGCUUCACCACCUCGGUUCAAUCCCUCUAUGAACGCCCGAUUCGCCGGGUAAUCGCCGAGGUUUCCAAAAACCUAGAGCGGGCCCUCACUUUAGUCCGGAAGUGCAAGCGCCAUAGCAUCUUGAGCCUUGUGGUGAGAAUCACCAGCGCCACUGAUUUCCGCAAAGUGCUGAACCUUCUGGACGCUUCCGUCGGCGACAUGAAGUGGCUCAUGGGAGUCCUCGACGCCGAAAACAACGGCUCUGCUAGCGGAACCUUCCUUUCCCUCCCUCCAAUCGCUAGCAACGACCCCAUUAUCUCCUGGGUUUGGUCUUGCAUCGCAACCGUCCAAAUGGGCCAAUUAACCGAUCGAAUCGAAGCCGCCAACAACCUCGCUUCCCUCGCUCAAGACAACGACCGAAACAAAAAGAUAGCCGUUGAAGAAGGCGGAGUCCCUCCUUUACUGAAACUUCUUAAAGAAAGCUCCUCAAUGGAAGCGCAAAUCACCGCGGCUAAUGCCCUUCUUGUUUUGGCAAACGAACCGGAAAGAGUUCGCAGUAUUGUUGAAGAAAUGGGGGCCCCAAUUGUGGUUCAAGUGUUGCGAGAUUCUCCGAUGAAGGUUCAAAUCCCCGUAGCGAAAUUGAUAGCGAGAAUGGCGGAGUAUGAUCCGGUGGCCCAAGAGUAUUUCGCCAGAGAGAAUGUGAUUAGGCCGUUGGUCACUUUGUUGUCGUUUGAGACAUUCGUGGACGAUUCUGGGACUCGUUUGGGUAAGCAAAGCAUUCAUUCUAUAGUUCAAAUUAAUAAAGAAAUGGAGAAAAAUUCAUGGACUUCAUCGAAUUCAAGGAAUUAUAGUUAUGGGCCCUAUGCUAAUUCAUACUCAAAUUUACACAUGGAUGGUAGUACUAGGGGAGGAAACUAUAGGAAAGAAAGGGAAAAUGAGAACCCUGAAGUGAAAAUUCAGUUGAAAAUCAACUGUGCUGAAGCUUUAUGGAUGCUGGCUAAAGGGAGUGCUUCAAAUAGUGGGAGGAUAACAGAGACAAAAGGAUUACUUUGCUUGGCUAAGUUGGUGGAGAAAGAACAAGGUGAGCUACAGUAUAAUUCUUUGAUGACAAUAAUGGAGAUUACAGCGGCUGCUGAAUGGAAUUCUGAUCUUAGACGCGCGGCUUUCAAGAUGAAUUCAUCUGCUGCUAAGGCUGUUAUUGAUCAGCUUUUGAGGGUGAUCAAGGAACUGGAUAGCCCUACAUUGCAAAUUCCAGCUAUCAGAUCAAUUGGUUCUCUGGCGAGAACUUUUCCAGCUCGGGAGACUCGAGUGAUUGGUCCUUUGGUGACACAGCUUGGUAACAACAAUCAAGAAGUGGCAAUGGAAGCUGCCAUUGCAUUGGCAAAAUUUGCCUCUCCAGACAAUUUUCUCAGUAUGGACCAUUGCAAGUCGAUAAUCGAGUUUAAUGGUGUUCCACCUUUGAUGAGAUUGCUUACAUGUGGCGAGAAGACACAACUGCAUGCUGUGGUACUGCUCUGCUACCUUGCUAUUCAUGCCGGUGAUCAUAAAGCUUUGGAACAAGCUAGGGUCUUGAGUGCCAUUGAAGGGGCAGAUCGAACAAUGUUUGCACAACAUCCUGAUUUGAAAGACUUGGUGUCCAGGGCCAUAUAUCAACUCAACCUUUACCAUACCCAUACCGGAGUCCAUCCUCAGAGGCAAUUAUAUGCGCCUUAAAUUAUGCACCCAAUAUUUCCGUUAUGGUUAUUUGUUUUGCUUUUCAGGUAAACCCUAAAUUGGAAGGCAAAGCUAACAGGGCAUACACAUAAUAGAUUUGGUAAGUUGGAUGAAAAAAGUAUAGGUUCAGCAAUAGACAGGUUUCUGUUUAAGAACUAUACGUUGUUCAAAAUACCUUAGGUGCUUUUAUAUGCCCUUUGAUGGUCCAAUUGUCUGAAUAUUUUCUUUCAUGUUUAUAUGAACAAAUUGAUUCCUUCAAA